GUUGGAGGAGGAGGAUGAAGUUCGAUGAUGUUCUCCACCAAAUCGGUGGCUUCGGGAGGUUCCAGAAGACACUGUACGUCUGGAUAUGCCUGCCCCAGAUCCUGCUGGCCUUCCACAUGUUUGUGUCCAUCUUCACUGGCGCCGUGCCACCUCACCUGUGUCUCUCCACCACCACCACGUGGCCGUCUCCAGCCAACCAGGAGUCUGGCACCGACCCAAGCUGGAGCUCCGGCUCCAGCUCAAUCCCCAGCUUCAACUUCAGCCAGGUGGAACUGGCCUGCCCGGCGGCAGGAGGGGCUUCGCAACAGGCCAAUGGGGUGGGAAACUACAGCGGGCAGCUGGAUGGUGAGCUGCAGGGUGGUGGUGCCACAGGGGAGUGCAAGGGGGGCUGGGAGUACAACAGAGAGAUCUUCAGCAGCACUAUAGUCACGGAGUGGGAUCUAGUCUGUGACGAUGCCAAGUUGAACAACAUUGGGUCUUUUAUCUACAUGUUUGGGCUGUUGGUUGGUGCUGUGCUUUUUGGAACCUUGGCAGAUAAGUAUGGUAGACGCACAAUUAUUCUGGUGGGUCUGGCCCUGCAAGCCCUCUUUGGAGUCGGUGCUGCUUUCGCACCCACUUUCUACAUCUACACCAUGCUCCGCUUUGUGGUCGGCACAACCAUUUCAGCUGUCAUCAUGAAUGCAUUUGUAUUAGGCACUGAGUGGACGGGCCCCAAGCAGCGCAUGCUGGCGGGCAUCAUCACAGACUACUUCUUCGGGGUGGGCUACAUCCUGCUGGCCCUGCUGGCCUACCUGAUCCGGGACUGGAGGCAGCUCCAGUUGGCCAUCUCUGCCCCAGGCUUCGUCUUCGUCUUCUACUUCUGGGUUUUGCCCAAAUCAGCUCGGUGGCUGCUGGCAAACCGCAAACACGAGGAGGCCAUGGAUCUCAUACAAAAAGCAGCUCUUGUGAACGGACGUCCUCUAGGGCAUGACAUUGAGCUUGAACAGGAUCAAAACAUUGACAAGACUCUUGAAAAGCAGAGAAAGCACACUGUUCUUGAUCUUGUCCGCACCCCAAAAAUGCGAACACAAUCUCUCAUCGUCUUCUACUUAUGGUUCGUCAAUGUGCUGGUGUAUUACGGGCUGUCAUUGAACAUCUCGGACUUUGGAAUCAACAUCUACCUCACGCAAUUCAUCUUUGGCCUGGUGGAGAUGCCCGCGCGCACCAUCACGCUCUUCACCCUCAACCGCUCGCGACGGAUAUCCCAGCUGGCCUUCCUCGCCGUCGGAGGCCUGGCCUGCCUACUUACCAUCUUCAUCCCUGACGAUCUGUCCAUGGUAAGGACGGGUUUAGCCAUGGUUGGCAAAUUUGGAAUCACAGCCUCCCUCUCCAUCAUAUACGUCUAUUCAGCAGAGGUUUUUCCCACUGUUGUAAGGCAGAGUGGCAUAGGGAUGGGCUCCAUGUGUGCCCGCGCAGGAGGGGCCAUUGCCCCCAUCAUCUACCUCCUGAAGAGGCAGAGCCCCAAAGCUCCCAUGGUGCUGUUCGGCCUCUGCCCUCUAGUGGGCGCUGCACUCACCCUGCUGCUGCCCGAGACGGCUAACAUGGCCCUGCCAGACACCAUCGAAGAGGUGGAGCGGGCAGGACAAAGUUCAUCAAAUGAAAAAGGCACAAGCUGUGCCUGAGGAAUGUGGACGGUGACAACCGACGGGACGCUCUCUAUCCAAGUGCUUUGUGGAAUGCAUCCUGGUAAUAACUUCACAUCAGGAGGUACUCCGUGUUGGAAUACUGCAAAAAUCAUUCCCAACUUCUUUCUCCAGACAACGCAAUCUCCCAGGACUGAUCGGAGUUGUGCUAUGUAACAACCGUGACUAAAAUCCGAUUGGUGGUGUUUGAAACUAUGCUGUAAUGACUUACAGCACGAAUGCGCAAAAGACUUUUAUUUUGUACUCUUGUCAUUCUCCACCAAUCAGCACCAACAUUACAAGGAAAACACUGUACACACAGAAGACGACACAUCUCACUUUUACUGUCUACCCUCUGAUAUUUACUUUUGGAUGCAAGUCUUUAACUACUUUGCAUUAUACAGAAGGGGAAGUCAUCUAUGAAGGACAUCGCUGCAGCACAAGUGUUUUCAAUUUCAAACUUUCAUUCGAAUGCUUCCCAUCCCGUCCUCCAGGAUGUGUGACAUUCCUCCUUUUUUUACUAAUGACAUUUGAGUCGUCUGUUUUUCCUUUUGUGAUUUUUUAUAGCCUGCUGUUUUCUUUUCUUUUUUUAACUCUUUAUAUUUAAAAAGAUGUUUACAGAAA